AUUUUCAGCUCUGUGGCUUCAAAAUAAGCGUGUAGUCACUCCCGGCAUCUAACAACGGACAGUGGAAACAGGGAAAUGUCAAAAAAAUUGACAUGGACAUGGAGGGGUGCCGUUCAGUUUGACAACGGGAAUUGCUGUGAUCUCCGGAAAACAUCUUCAACAAAUAAAAUUCAAGCAUGUGAUUUUGCAUUUUUAAAGUUUCUGCAAUUUUUACAUCAAACAUUGAUAAACUUGACAGGCUAAACAGUUCACAUUACAGCAGUGAAAGGAUAAUUGUGAAGGAUAGUACCUACCUCUAUGUGGACUCUGCCUAAAGGUAGAAACGUAAUUUCAAUAUAUAGAUAGUAUACCAAAGUUAUAAUAAUAUUCCUUGUUUGGUUUCAAUUGUCCAAUUUAUAUGAGUAAGCCCGCACUGGAAGCAUUAUUAAACCAAAUAAUUUUUGCUUGAUUCACAUUUCCCGGAAUUUGUUCUGUAAACUUAACAGAUAGUCGGGCUCCUGGAAUUCAUCUGUGACUAGUCAUAAAACGGUUUAUACAUCGUUCAUCAGACUGGAGCAGCUCAAGGCAAAUCCCAUAUCCCCCUCUGAUCCUGGAAGUACAAAACUGGCACCAUUGAGCUCUAGCCCCGAUAUGGAUGAUGGUAGCAGUAAGCGGCAAGCAACCAGAUUUUGUUUCAGGGUAUUUAAAAAGAGCUCUCCUAAUGGAAAGAUUACAGUAUAUCUCGGAAAAAGGGAUUUUGUUGACCACAUAUCGCACGUUGACCCCAUAGAUGGGGUAGUUUUAAUUGAUCCAGAUUAUGUGAAAGACAGAAAAGUAUUCGGUCAUGUAUUAGCUGCAUUUAGAUAUGGUAGAGAAGAUUUAGAUGUACUUGGUUUAACUUUUCGCAAAGACUUGUAUUUAGCUGCUGAGCAAAUAUAUCCUCAAGAUAAUACAGCACAGGCCAAGAGACCCUUAACAAGACUGCAGGAGAGAUUGAUCAAGAAACUGGGACCAAAUGCGUAUCCUUUCUAUUUCGAGUUACCACCACACUGUCCAGCAUCAGUCACCUUACAACCAGCUCCAGGGGAUACCGGGAAACCAUGUGGCGUGGAUUAUGAACUAAAAGCCUUUGUCGGAGAAACUCAAGAUGACAAACCCCACAAAAGGAAUUCUGUCAGGCUGGCGAUUCGAAAAAUAAUGUACGCUCCUAGCAAACAAGGAGAACAGCCAAGCAUUGAAGUAAGCAAGGAAUUCAUGAUGAGUCCAAAUAGGUUGUACUUAGAAGCAUCUUUGGAUAAGGAGCUUUAUCACCAUGGGGAAAGCAUUGCUGUUAACGUUCACAUAGCUAACAAUUCAAAUAGGACUGUGAAGAAAAUAAAGGUGUCAGUCAGACAGUUUGCAGACAUAUGUUUAUUUUCCACGGCCCAGUAUAAAUGUACUGUUGCAGAGACUGAAAAAGCAUGUCCCAUCGGUCCAGGAUUCACCCUGAGCAAAGUUUUCACACUGACACCACUAUUAGCCAAUAACAAGGACAAAUGGGGCCUAGCACUAGAUGGACAGCUGAAACACGAAGAUACUAAUUUAGCAUCAAGCACACUCUGGUGGGGACCUUUUUGAAAAGGACUGUAUGAUGUCGUAUUGCAGAGUCGCCGAUCCGGCACAACGUGAAAACUUGGGUAUCAUCGUCCAGUAUAAGGUCAAAGUUAAGCUAUGCCUGGGAGCACUUGGGGGGGAUUUAGUUGCUGAGCUUCCAUUCAUACUGAUGCACCCAAAACCGGAAGAAGAGGCAUCUCUGUCAUCUCCUUCAAGGAGAAUGAGCAAGGACGUAGGGAAUGAAGUAGCUGUAGAUGCAAAUUUAAUACAACUUGAUGAUGAUAGCAAUCUUCAAGAGCACGACGAUGACAUAAUAUUUGAAGACUUUGCUAGAUUAAGGCUGAAGGGAGGAGAAACUGAUGCAUGAACGGAAAUAAAGCACUGCACACUGGUCUACGUUCAGGUUCAGACCGUCCGGAUAUCCCGCAUCAGUUUGAUGAAAAAGAAAUGUUCGCAUUUGUAUGUUUUUCGCGAUAUGUAUGUUUGUAUGCGGAUGUAAACGCCUAGCAUACUGUUAUCGUGUGUCCUAGUCAAGCCGAGGCUCAAUUUCAAGCCGCCGUACUGCACUGUCUGGCGUCCGUUAAAGAACAAGAUUUACAUUAUCUUUUUCUCGUAUGUAAUGGUAAAUAUUCAAUUGAUAGAAACAUACAUAUAUAGAUCUACUGUUUUUAGCUUUCUUGUGAGAUUUUUUUAAAUAUAUCACUAUUUUUCUAAAUAUCAGUUUGAAGUCAAAGCACCAUUUUGAAAACGAUAAUUUUGCUACUAUUUAUUAUUAAUGCGUGUAUUUUAUAAUUAAUGUAGAUUUAUUAGACUUGUUAAGAAUUCAAAAUAAAUAUAGUAGUUUUAACCAAAGUAACUUUGACUGUAAGUGAUCCAAACAUCUUUGAAAAAUUGAAACUUUCUGCUAGUAUUGUUAUGAACUGACAGAAGCUUCGGAGCAUUUAAACGGUACUUAUUACCGCAUCUUUGACUGGUUGCAACAUGAGCCGAAUUCAUGGAAAUCGUGGAUCACUGAAUGAAGGUGUUGUUUUGUAUCCACAUGCAUGGCAUACUCCAAAUAUCAUCAGCACAAAACCAUUUGAAAUAUUCAUGAUAUUCCCUGAAACAUCAUAUCCCAAUAGCUGAUGACAUCUAAACUUUGUGAUUUUUGUGAACGAACAAAUUAAAUUGUAUAGCACGAAAUGGGUUGCUAAAUAUUGUAGUUUUUGUACGCAAAAAGAUUUUUGAAGUUCCGUUUUUCAAGUUCAUGAAAUACAGUGGUGGUCAAAAAAAUAAGAGUGCACAUUUUGAAAUCCAAUAAUAUAAUUAAACGUCAUAUAUAUAUAUAUAUAUAUAUAUAUAUAUAUAUAUAUAUAUAUGUAUAUAUAUGCCACUUGAGCAAUCUAUAAUCUAAUACAAAUUAAGAAUAUUGUUUUCUCUUUAAAAUACAAUGAACAUUAUAAUAUUAAUAAAGACUUGAAAAAUAAAAGUCGACAAUUCAGACUUUGUGAAAAUACAGGUGGUCAAAAAAAUAAGAGUAAAUUUAAACAAUAGAUAAAACAGACAUAACACUGCAUUUAAUUAACAUGUUUUUCUUUUUUUAAUUAACGAGUAUUUUUAGUACUAGUUCUUCAGGACAGCACCACAUCUGCUUGGCAUUGAGUCGAAAAGUUUGCGGCAGAUUUCCAGGUAUUGAACGCCAUGUUUUUUGAACUUCUUCCCAAAGUAACUUUUGGUUUGUUGUCUUUUUGUGUGAUAUUUGAUGCUUCAAUUCCUCCCAAAGAUUCUCUUUGGGAUUCAAGUGGGGAUUCUGUGGAGGCCACUUCAAAACUUCAAUUUUCUUCGACUGGAACCACUGUUUUACUGCCUUUGCUGUAUGCUUAGGAUAAUUAUCCUCAUCGUAGAUCCAACGUAGUGUCAUAUUUUCCUCAGCAUAAGAUAGCAUAACAUUCUCCAUUAUUUGUAAAUAAAUUACCUUGGUCAUAUUUUCUUUUAUCCAAAAAAUAGGUCCAACGCCGGAAUAUGAAAAGCAACCCCAUAUUUUGAUGUUUUCUCCGCCAUGCUUAAUCGUUCCUAUUGUGUAGCGCGGAUUCAGUUCCCUAUUUGGACCUCUCUUUACGUAAAUCCUACCUUCAGAUCUAAAUAAAAUUAUUUUUGUUUUAUCCCUAAAAAGGACAUUUCUCCUAUUGCGACUGUAGGUGUCGUUUAGAUUAUUCCUUGAAAACUCCAUUCGUUGCAGUAUAUGCUUUUUAGAUAAAAGGGGAACUUUUCUGGCAACUCUGCCAUGAAGAUUCAUUUCCUGCAAACGACUUCUUAUUGUUCUAGUGCUGACAGAUAAGCCCAACUGACCUUUCAUAACGAACGAAUUAGAUAAUGGAUAUCUAACAGCUUCACGAGCAAUCCAUUUAUUCAUACGUGGCGUUGUUUUUCUUGGACGUCCUCUUUUUUUUGGCUGUUUCUCAGCAGUUCCUUGUUCUUUUAGAACUUUAGCUAUCACACAAGGGGCUCUUUUAAGUACACUCGAAAUAAAUGCGUAGGUUUUGUUUUGACUACGCACUUGUAAUACUGAACGCCGUUUCGCGCGACCCAUGUUGCAAAGAAAUGACCCUCAAUAAACUCUGCAAACACUAUACUAAGCAUAGAAAUAUUCUACUGGCUAUAAUGGCAAAAACAUUUAACAUACUUUUAUUUUUUGUCCACAAAAUUUCCGAUACCUGAUAAAACUGAAUGGCCUUGACAUUCGAUAUGUACAUUUUUUAUCCGCAUGUAAAGCAUAAAUCUUUAUCUUGCAUAAUGCACUAUCCAAGAAAAAAAGUGCAACCCGACUCGGCGGGACUGUGACAAAUAGUUUAUUAUAGGCGGAUGACCAUCUUAAAAGAAACACUUUUUUUAAUGAAAAAAGCAGCAGAAAUAACAUAUUAAAAUCUUGAAAUGUGUUUGUUUAACAUGUAUUACAUAAAUAAAGAUACAUACAAAAAAGUUAUACGUAAUUUUGAAAUUUGCAUUUUUUCAGAAUCUGAUAGACAUAUUACAGGCAUACGUACUAUGUAGGUAUGUGUAAAAACCGUAAGUUUGUUGGUAAAAAAGCUAGUAAUUUUCCUGUACUGUCUUCUUCUUGCUGAAAAUAACGUUGCAACUUUUUCACGCAGUCUAAUGCCUGCUUAGUUGUCACUGGAAGUUCUUCUUCAUCGUUGUUUUCUAGUUCGUCUUCAUGUUCGUUAUCAACGGAUCCUUCAUUAACCGAAUUGGAGUCUGACAAUUCCCGUGUUGCUAUUAAAUUAUUGUCAACAUUUACAUACUCUUUAAAUUUGUCUAUAUUCAGUAAACUAUUUUUUUGGAUUAAAAUCGUUGACUAUUUCAGUUAUGUUUUUCACUAAACCAGCAUGGCGAAAACAAUUACGAAUCGUUUCUGGAGUUACCAAUUCCCAUGCAGUAGUAAGCAAAUUUAUAGCAUCUAAAAUGGCGACAGCUUAUUUUUCUUUUACACUCUUAUUUUUUUGACCACCACUGUAUGUCAUGGAAAUUAUAGCAAGAUCAAAGCAUGCUAGAAUAUUCCAUACUUUUAACAAUUUAAACAUUAUGCAUGGAAUUUAAUAUACGUAUACUAACUUGUAUGAUUAUAAGAGAAAAGUGUUGAAUGUUAGUUUUACUUCUUAUGCCAAUAACCAUGGAUAAAAUGUAAGCGCGGAAAAAUCCGAAUAUAAGGUAAUUCACACAAUGCAUCAUGAAUCAAGCAAUUUUUAAUCUUUCGAAAGGAUUCUUUCGCGUUUCUAUGAUAUAGGAGAGAGUUAAAUGUGAUAUUUUCUCAAUUUUCUAUCGGUACAUUAUAUUCUUAGAUCGCGGUCAGUACAUGGAAACGUUUGUUAUCAUUUAACUUUCUAGUACUACUUGUAAGAGAUUUCUACGGUCACUCAUAAAAAUUAGAAUUACAAUAUGUAUAAACGACAAUUCUCAGUUUAUAAGGAAGAUUUGCACAAUACCGAUUACGUCUAGUCCCAUAUUAAAUUUGUGCUCUAUGGAUUGAAAUAAUAACUAUGUAAAAGCUCCUGAAUAUGAGAUGAGAAGCUUCCUGAACGUUAAUGGUGAAAUUUGUGAAAGUGACAAAAUUAUGCAAAAUGUCAACCUGUGUUUUUAAAAAGGUAUCCUCCAAUUUAUUUUUUGAAGGGAUCAAGUGAGAAAGCUGUAAUUCUGGAAGAUGAAGUUGAUGCAUAAACACUAUGUUUUAGCUUAAAAGUGACAGUUAAGUGCGCCAUAAUAAAACAGUUUUUUAAUUGCAGUGGGGGAUCAUGUGAUACCUACAUUUUGAAGCUCCUACUUUAUUACCCUAGAGUGUAACUAUAUUUUAGAAAAGUUCAGCGUUUUUGUACAUUGAACUGCUUAUAAUUCAACACAACGCUAUAUAUAGUAUGUUGAAUCAAUCUUUGUUUGGAAGGAUUUAUUUAAAAUAUGUGACAUUCUGUUUGAAAAGGCAAGUUUUGACUUUUUUUUAAACAGAAUAUUUAUUACAUAUUUGCACAGACCCUUGAAAGGAAAUAAGCUUGAUAUAACAUAAGUGAUUCAGUGUCCAGAACACUCGACAUUUCAAAAAUCCUGAUUUUGUAUUACAGGGUCUCUCAUAAGUAGCUGCAAAAGUAUCCCAUAAUCUACCAUUCGGUUGGAAAAAAUAUUCGAGGAUAGCGCUCUCCCAUCAUUUUCGCCUGACAUUCUUAGUGAUAAACGGUUUACCCCGAAUUUCAGCUUGCUAACCUAUCUCUUUUAAAAAAUUAGUUUCAAAGACGCUGUAUAUAAAAUUAACAGGCUUACUAACCUUUUUAUUUACAGUAACAAAAAUGGUAUGAGAAUUAGCAGAACUAGAUAGUAAAGUAAAUUAGUAAGAAAGAUAUCCUUAAAAAUGGCGUUAUGGAGCUACAGGGUCAUUUGUGUCUGACAUUUGAUUGAACUAUUUUGUCAGUUGUAAAUAAAUUGUGAUUUCUAAAUACAUACAAAUUUCAUAUAAAUUACUCCCCUAAUUGUAGAAUCCAUGUCCAAACUAACAAUACAAAAAUCGAUCUUUGAAACAUUUUAUGAUAAAACCGAUAUUUUGAACUUAAAACAAUGUGUAUAGGAAACUGAAAUAUAACAAUGGAAAUCUGUUAAGGUUUUCUACAAAGCUGGAAAUUGAAACGUUUUCAAAUAACAGUGUCGCCAUUAAGUGUAUGACUCCAAAGCUUCAUAUCUAUUGUACUAAAUCAAUGUUUUCCAUGUUUUCAUGUUUAGGAUAAAGCUCUGAUUGUGUUGAUUUUAAUUGGAAUGCUUUUUGGGAUUGCCAUAUCGUUUUACAAACUAUUGAUGGUAAAAUUCAUGGUCUUGUUCCCUUGGUUUACUAUUCGCUCCAAAAUUCCAGCAAUUGCUCCACAUUACAUAUACCUAGCAAAAUCUUUUGGCAGAAAUACUGCAUCGCGAGGUUUUGUAUUUGUCGCUGUAUUUGCAUUCAACUAAAGUUGAACAACCGAUACACUAAAGUUUUGUUGGUGAAACCAAGUAAACAGACCCAGUAAUGACAGUCCACAGGGUGUAAAGAAAUUAACGCAGACUGUUAAGCAAAGACGAAAAAUAUUUACAUAAGAAUUCAAAUUUUAUUUUAACGUUUUUUUUUUUACUUCUAAGGUGUUUUUCAUGAUUAUCUAGAAUUUAUUUUAAUUUUGAUUGUAAAGGAUUAGUUUACUUUCGAUAUGAAAUUACUUUAAAGUUGCUGUCGAUGAUCGAGCAACAAAAUAGAAUGUUUUACGUUAUUUUUGAUUACGAGGUUUAUGAUGCCUCUGCUGUACUAGUUUCUUUAGUUUUUCUUUGAGUGUGAAAAAGUUUUAUGCACCCUGUAUGCGCAGUGAGCCAGAAUUACCAGAUUAGGUAUUCAUAAUAUUCAUGUUGCAAGUUAGCUAUUUUAUGUAUUUAAAAAGUCAAAGCAUUGUGAAAUAUGAUGAGAGAUUGUCAAUUUGUAAUUUAAGUUUUACAUGUUUAACUAGAUGUAAAAUUUUAUAUAUGUUCCUUAUACUGGUUAUAACAGAUAAAAUUAUAACACUUUGCAAAUAGUGAAACAAACUUAUGAAUAUAAUCUUAUGACACUA